AUGGACAAUCUAUUUUCAAGUCCUGCAUUGUUUUCAUUUUUAAGAUUUCAUGGAUAUAGCGCCAUCGGUACAAUUCGUGAAUAUAGGUUUCCAAAAAAUUGCCCGUUAACAAACAAAACAAUAUUUAAAAAAAAAAGUCGUGGAUAUUUUGAGACUGCUGUGGAAAAGAUAGAUGGUCUAUUGUAUCUACGUUGGAUGGACAAUGCUGUUGUUACAAUGAUUUCAUCAUCAUGUGGUUCUCAAAAUGUUGGCCAAGUAAAACGAUUUUUACAAAAAGAAAAGCGAAAUGUAUUAGUUCCAAGGCCAAGGCUAAUUGCUAAAUACAAUAUGUAUAUGGGUGGUACGGAUCAAAUGGACCAAAAUAUCGCGUAUUACCGUAUUGGUAUUAGAGGGAAAAAAUAG